GAGAACUUCUCUAAGGAUCUGAAUUGAUAGACUUUCUGACAACCUUAUGCACAAUAUUGGACCAUGGAUUACCAAUUUGUGUGUGUGCUGCGCAUUUUUUUGAUAAUACUAGCGGUGGCGCAUCUGCAUCGCACCGAUGCCAUUAUAGGGCGAGAUUUAGUUCUCACACCCAAACGAGGUCUACAACUGAGCGGUAAGAGUAUAUUUUAUGAGGAAGACUCGAGUGCAACAACAACUCACAAUCAAACGGUCUUGAGACCAUGGGAGCGCACAUUGAAGCAUGUAACAUUCGUUACACUUUUCACGAAUGCCGCGGCUGAUGCUGUUGCCGGGAAUAUCAGCAAGCAAAAGGCUUACAGCGACUUCCUCUCAUCCCCCUACAUUCAGCAACACAGCGAGUCCGACACGCGUUUUGGAGAUAUUGUGACUCUUGCAAACGGUCGCCUGGAGGAAACAGCCAAUAACUCGUUUCGCUUUGUAGAAGGAUUAUGCGAUUACGAUUGUGAUGCCGAGUACGUGUGGGCUCUGUGGCAAGUGCAGAGGAUACGGCAUCGCGAUGCAAAUCGAAAAUUUCGUUACGAAAUGAAAUUUAGCGUGAGUCCGUUGCGCGCAGAAAGUGGGGGCAACAUCAAAAGGAAAGCUGAGCUGGAUAGCAACAAUAGCAAGAGAAGCGUAUCGCAAACUUUUAUACAGCGCGACGAUGACUAUCCACAUACAUUCGGAAAAAUCGUUUACAACGCCGAGUCGCGGUUUGCUGACCGUCGAUUUGAUGACUAUGCUGGACGAAAUUUUAGACAGGCACCAAUAAAUCAGUAUCGACAGGCGACCCCCAUGCCACAACCAACGUUUAUGCAUGGCAUCUUUCAGCCGCAUCCGCACUUUCCGCCGCCGUUGCCACAGAAAUUGAACAUUGGUGAGUACAUUAAAGACUAUCCCGCUAAGGCGACACCAAAAGUCGAGCUCUUUCCGAAUAUACUCAACGCGGUAAGUCGGAAUUAUUAUCCCACGCCCACUACUUACCGACCGAACUAUCAAACGAAAUUUCCACGCCCGGAAUUAUAUCCGCCCACCACUCACCACGAGCCUAUGAAAUUCCCGGAUAAUCCAAAGGAACCGGUCGUGGGUGGUGGAUUUGGUAAAAUUUCGACGCCGGUGGUGACACAUCAUUUCCAUCAUCACUUUUAUAUGCCGAGUACUACCAGUAUUGAAAAUGGACUUGGUAGCGCUGAACAGCCCAUAAAUAAUCCAACGAACGCUUAUAAAAGUGUAGCGACUGAAACCACAGCGCCCACCUACUUCAACAGCUACUACAAUGAACACGUGAAAACGAAUUUCCAGCAGGCGCUACAUCCACCAAAGACCAUAAAUUUCCCAAAGUCAGAGACCGAGGUGCACAAGGAACACGUGGUGCAAGUGACGCCUGUGCCACCGCUGAAAAGGCCGCAAAUUUAUCAAAUGUAUCAGAUACCGAUUGACUCCAAAGUGCCACUGCUCAUCUACCCAGCACCUGUAGUGGAAGAACAACCAAUUUUGGCACGUAAUAAACCGUUUAUACAGAGUGAGCCGAUGGACGAGGAGCCUAUACGCUAUUCCGAACCUGAUCCACUCUAUCUUAAUCUCGCGCAUAAUCCACCGAUUGACGUGUCCUCUUACGAACUGAGCGAACCACAAUUGGAAGCGCCGAAAAUUAACCAAUUGAAGGAAUAUGCGGAUGUCCACAUCAACACAGUUUUGAACAGAAAAAAUAAAAAGCCCGAUUCGAUAGCCGCGCAAUUACCGCCACCCGAAAAUGAUCAGGAUGUGCGCAUACCUUACGAGGAUGAGUCUCAAGAGGCUAGUAAGCCCAAACAUGACCUCGAACAGAAGCCAAGCCAAAAGGACGAGCAAAUAUCGAUAAAAAAGAAACCCAAAUCGAAGAUUUCCACAAGCACAACAGCCCCAACUCCCACCAGCACGACCGAGAAGCUCUUUGAAACGUCCAGCACUACGCCCGGCACAACUACAUCCACCACCAUCAGCACCAGCACCAGCACUACUGCUACCACAACGGAGCUAUUUACAAGCAGCAAUCAACUGGAAACGAUUAAGACACUUGCGCCUUCAGUGCAAACAACGCCCACAAACACACUGCCUACUACGAAUUCGCUGAUUUCGGCCACAACAGGUGCGCCCUCUACGACUUCCCUCGAUGAUGCCGCUUUGCCAUCCAAACAGAGCAAAUUUAACUUCAUUUCCACUUCCACAUCAGAGACGCCUUCGUUGCGCGCGCUCAGCCGCUACCGCUUAAAGCACAUGCGUGCUUCAACAACAACUACCGAACAGCCGGUGCUGAAAUGGAAGCCCAGACGCAAGCAUUCUUUCAACAACAAGUCAACGUCAAAUUCUGAUGCGAAGUCUAAGCCCCAGACGGAAGAGGCAACGCAAACGUAUACAACAACUAAAGAAGAACAGCAACGUGAAAGUAACCUGCUACAAGAACAAAAACAACAACGAGAAACUAAAGCUUCCCACUCUCAAAGGCAAGAUAAGCAGUUAUCCCCAUCAGCAAUGAUGAAUUCAACAAAGGCUGGCAAUGACUCGUUGCUCUCAACAAAGGGUAAUGAGGUGUUCGAGGUGCUCACACAAAAGUCGGUUAGUAAGUCGGUGAGCAUAAAGGUGGGUAAUAACGGCGAAGAGAUCCCCGUCAUUGUUGAGGAUAAUGACUAUGGUGAAAAUGAGGUAAAAACAGAUUGAUGACUUGAUUUUUUGUAGUGCUUUAAAAUACCAAAAAAUGUUGAUAUUUUUUUUG